AUUAUACUUUUUUUUUUCUUUUAAUUUCAGUGUGUGCAGAAGCUUACAAUCCUGAUGAGGAAGAGGACGACGCAGAAUCUAGGAUUAUUCAUCCUAAAACAGAUGAUCAAAGAAACAGACUGCAGGAGGCAUGCAAGGACAUUCUUCUUUUUAAGAACCUAGAUCCGGAACAGAUGUCUCAGGUGUUAGAUGCAAUGUUUGAAAAGCUGGUUGAAGGAGGGGAACAUGUCAUUGAUCAAGGGGAUGAUGGUGACAACUUCUACGUCAUUGAUAGAGGUACAUAUGAUAUUUAUGUAAAAUGCGAUGGUGUUGGGAGAUGUGUUGGAACCUAUGAUAACCGAGGAAGUUUUGGUGAGUUGGCCUUAAUGUACAAUACACCCAGAGCAGCCACAAUUAUAGCUACCUCUCCUGGUGCCAUCUGGGGUUUGGACAGGGUAACGUUCCGAAGAAUCAUUGUAAAAAAUAAUGCCAAAAAGAGAAGAAUGUAUGAGAAUUUUAUUGAGUCAUUGCCAUUCCUUAAAUCGUUAGAAGUAUCUGAGCGUUUAAAAGUGGUUGAUGUGAUUGGCACCAAAGUGUACAAAGAUGGAGAACAAAUCAUUGCUCAGGGUGACUUGGCUGAUUCUUUCUUCAUUGUGGAAUCUGGAGAAGUAAGGAUUAUAAUGACAAGGAAGGGUAAACAAGAUGUAGAAGAGAAUGGAGCAGUUGAAAUAGCUCGAUGCUCAAGAGGACAAUAUUUUGGAGAACUUGCUCUUGUAACUAACAAACCACGAGCCGCUUCUGCAUUUGCUCUUGGCACUGUCAAAUGUUUAGUUAUGGAUGUGCAAGCAUUUGAAAGGCUUUUGGGACCUUGUAUGGAAAUUCUGAAAAGAAACAUUGCAAACUAUGAAGAGCAGCUAGUUGCUCUGUUUGGAACAAACAUGGACAUUGCCGAUCCCAGUGCAUGAACUAUAAACAUUGGAGCAACAAGAUCUGUUGUGAGAAUAUAGCACAGUAGUGGUUAGUCCACUGAGAAAUUGUCUCUCUUCCUAUAGAUGCCAAGCAUUUUCUGUGAUUUUAAGAGUGGGUUCGGGGGUAUUUUUUGG